GUGAUUAUGCUCCAGGUCACCACGACAUUAUGUCCCUGCACGACACACUGAUGAUCCCUGGGAAGUCGAGGAUAAUAAUAGCAGGAUCCGUGUUAUCGCUGACCUGGGUUGUUGUAUGCCACUUCAUGUCUAAAAUUAGCACCUGUCGGAAAAUACGUCCAAAACAGAAACUACAGUGACCCUCGAACAUGUCCGUCAUAUUCUGAAUGAUCACCUCAGUGCAAGUUGAAGUAUGGACGCAAGCAAGAAACCUGACUCGGAGAAGAAUGAGCGGGAGAAUGAGCGGGAGAAUAAGCAGCGACUGCAGGAGAUGACGGAGAUGGGUCACACCCCUAGUCGUGACACAUGGGAUCCUGACGGGACUCUGGUAUUCAAUGAAAUAAAAGGAUCCAGAUCGUUGACCUUAAGUGAAGAUUUUCAGACAGUGCAGAUUUCUCUCGAUGAAAGUGGAAUGCAACAACUACGAGAUGGAAGAACUACUAAUGAUGAUCAAACUGUCAUCACGCUGGAAUGGGAUGAACAUCCGCAAGAGAAUACAUUUGCUUAUAUUGCUGAGAUAUGUCUUCACGAGGAACGGGGGGAUUAUUUCAUCAACGUUAUCCUUGCUAUGUGUGAAAAUAGAUUCACAAUACUAAGAAGACUUGCAACGAAAUUAUUCAAAGAAUAUCAAAUUAAAAUAACAGGAGUACAAAGUCAACCGUUUGCUUUAGAACUAGUUCAUUAUAGUCUAGACGGCUUUGAUAAUUUAGAAUCUCGAGUUGGUGAGCUCGAAAAUGUUUUGAAGGGUGUAUUUUCGGAAUGCACUAAAACGAAUAUCUCACUUGAUCUCACACUGCACAAGCAAGACAAUGAGCAGGGUUUCCCAGCGGAAGACAUGGAAUAUACUAUGACCAUAUAUGGAUCGGAAACUGAGAGUGAAGAUUUGCCUGUCAUGAUUUUGUCAGAGGAAGAGGACAUAAAGUCGACAUUGGGAGGACCUGAGAAACUGGACACUUCAUACAACGACUCUGAGAUUGAUGUUCGUUUCGGCUCAUUGGAGGAAAACAUACAGCGUCAAAAGGUCGAUGUUAGAAAACGGUUUGACGAGCAGAAGGCCUUUAAUGAAGAACUAAAGCAGUCCGUGAAGCAGCUGGCACUGUCUGUUCAGCAGUUAGUUGACAAAAACCACAAUGGAAUUGGUAUUGGUAUCUCUGACGAAACUGGAGGAUCCUACCAAGAGACGCUGGUUUUUCUACAUGACACUAAGGCAGAAUAUGGUAAUGACAAUGUCAUAGACGUAGGCAUUCAGCAGCAUGAAGAGGACAUGGGAUGUGAAGAAGAGCAUAUGCUUGGUUCAUUUGAAGUAACCUCGGGGAUGGACAAGCCCAAACUAGAUAACACUUUGUUCCCAUCCCUGACGUCGGAACUGUCUCAUGAUGAUAACUGCUUUUCUGACGAGGAGGAACCUACACAGAGUCAUGCAAACUAUUCCUUAUCGAGUGAAGUGAAGGACUUGCACCUCGAACGCCAGUCUGUCCUGAAAUCAACACUGUCGCCAGGGAAGGUUGCUGAACAAGAAAAUCCCCCAUCAGUAGUCCAAUCUGUUCUCGAGUCAUCCAUCUCUUCAAGCAGUAAAACUUGCUCAGAAUCCCAGUCACUGGAUAGUCACUCUGAAAGCCACCAUGCGAGUUUACCUGUGGAGGUUUUAUCACUGCAUUCAUCAGUACUAGAAGGCUGCACUGGGGGUCGGGCGCGGCAUUUCCUCAGUCGCUAUGGUGUUCAGGGAGCGUCAGCUGGUGUCCGAAGACUAGUGGCCACUGUGGAAUCUGCAAUGAAGGACGAUGUUCCAAUGCCUCCAACUGCCAGAGGCCUGAAUACCAUCCUGUGUCUAGACACCUCGGCCACAAUGAAACAGAGCGGAUUUAAAAAGAUGAAGGAAACUGCAUUUAGUUUCAUAAACGGAGUGGAAGAUGCUGCCGCCGAUUAUGAGAUGGAGGAGAACAUUGCUAUCGUGUCAUGUGGGGGGCCCGCCCGCAUUGUCCAUCAUCUCAGUAAUGACUACUCAAGCCUGAGAAGUGUCAUAGACAACCUACAAUUUGGUGGAUGCUCCUGGAUGUUUGAAACUCUUCUAGUUUGCCUUUGUGCCAUUCUGGGAAGAGGUGGUGAUCUAGACAUCAUGGGGGUCAAUCGUGUUCAACCGAGAGUAAUCGUCAUUACGGAUGGAAGUACAGCUGAUGAACUUGGAAGGACCGAACACGAUGAGAAUAUGGAAAGUGAUGAAGAAGUUCGAGUUAUCAGGUUGAUCGAAGAAUUCGGAAAAAGGAAAAAUGAGACAGCAUUCCCCAAUUCUUUCGUCUGGGUUCCUAUUGGCAAUGGGAACAGGGAUUUUCUGGAAACCUUAGGACACAUGGAUAACGGUACGCUGGUAGACCGUGAAGAUGUUGGUGAACUUUGCAAGUACCAGCGUAUUCAGAAUAUUAUUGGACAAUCCUAUAUGGUCAUCAAGAAAAAGAUGAUUUCUGAGGACGAAACUGAAGUCGAUACCGAUGACAUCAUUGCCAUUGUGGACGGAAUAGACAAUGAGUUGGACACUGAUGACAAGGGAACUGUCGUUACUGCAAUUGAAAAAAAGAUCGAUGAGAGACUUGAGAGACUAGCCCUUUCUUCAGAGAAUCUCACCCAAAAUUUUCGAAAUGUGGUAGAAUUCAAAGAUGAGAGCCUACCCCGGCUUGGGUCUAGAGUUGUCCGAGGUCCACAGUGGAAAUGGGGUAACCAGGAUUCGGGUGGUCCGGGGACAGUCAUCAACCACACCGAGGGGGACGACGAGGACAAAAAGCUGGUUUGGGUUGCAUGGGACAAAGGCAGUUGUCAGCAAUACAGAUAUGGUUAUCAAAACGCAAGGGAUCUUACCCUAGUACACGACCAACCAAGGGUAACCGCAUCGGGACUGGUGAUAGAGAUCGGAUGUGAGGUUUCAAGAGGUCCAGACUGGAGGGACAAGUAUUCUGACCAGGAUGGAGGCAAGGGGGGCUUCGGGGUUGUCAUCCGCAAAAACAACCGGGGCAAAGUUAAGGUCCGGUGGAAUCGAAACGGUCACAUCAACGAAUACAGAUUCGGGAAGAAUGACAAGUUGGAUCUGGCUCUCAGAGAUCCGGCGGAGUGCUUACUGGAGCUGACGCAGACAGAAAUGACUUCCCAUGAAUCCGAUGCUGCCCCCCAACAACAUUUGCAAGACGGCGCUAUUGCAGGGGCACCCAGCGUGGAGCAAUCAGAUGCGACGCAGUUGGUGUGGCAGUGGGAGGCUGGGGUAGAUGAAUGGCGACUGUAUGGAGAUCGAGAGAUCAUGAAACUGGAGAAGGAAUACCAGAGGCGCCCUACAGGAUCAUGUGUUAUACAGAGAGACAACACAAGUUUCAGAGUACUCUUCAAAGACUAUCAAGAAAAAAGUAUCGAUGGCAGCUCGAAGCGAAGAGUGCGAAGAAUACGUGUAAGUAAGACCGACCUGGGAGAUGUGUAGAUCAUACUGCCUCACUCAUUGGACUCAAGAAUAUAUUUCAGUGUUUUUAUUAAAGUAUUAAUUCUUAUUUAAUACUCAUUGAACCAUGUACAUUUUAAUAUCAAUUUAUGUAUUUGUCAUGUCAUUAAUAAUUAAAAUGAUGAGAUUAUGACUAUAUUAAAGCGUGAAGAUCAUGUAAAUAUAGGUUAUGAUAAGCAUGAAAACUUUAUGAAUUCAAUCAGAUUUGUCUGAAAUGACAAAAUAGUCAUUUAGAUAUGUCUCUUGAGAACUGCAAUUAACAAAUCACUAAGACGUUGGUGGUGAAUAUUGAUCCCAAAAUCUGUCUAGAUAGAAUUGUGAAUCAACUUAUUUGCUGAUGUGUGACACAAUUAGCUGAUCUUUAUCGUCGCUGAAGUAGUGUCACUUUGCUAGUACAUGAAGGACAACAGACAAUGUUAUAGAUGUGGAUCAGGUUGUCGUCCAGUGUCUGGGAUGUUGUUGUCAUGACACAUUGUACAGAACCCACAGUAUCCACACUGAAAUAGAACCAAAGACGUUUUCUUGUAAAAAUAUCAUUCAUCCGUAUAUGACGCAUAUGCUCUCACGGUCAGAAAGAUGUGCUGUUGUAAUUCCCGGGCGAUAUCUGUUUAGUGGUCAUUAGUGGCAAUACAAUAUUAUGAAGUCUAAUAAUUCUCAAAAACAUGCAAGGUUUGAUAUUUAGUUGAUCUCCUUACAACAUUUGUAAUGACAUACAAACUUGUGAGCAACAAAAUAACUGUUGUCACACACACCUAUGACUGUGGGUUGGUAUUCCGGUUCGCCUCGAUAAUGUUUCUAGGUUUGUCAGCACCAUACCCGUGUUCCCGGGUUUUUCCAAAGUGGUAUACUUCUAAGGCCUGAACCACUUCGGGCUUUCCUACCACCUUAAGCAGACACGUCUAGAUAUAACUGGAAUACUGUUUAAAAAGUCUUUAACUUACUCACUCACUCACUCUUCAUUAUCUCAUUAUGGACGUUCUUACAUGGCAUUUGAGGCAAAUUGUGACAUUGUUUAAUAUUUCUUGCUUAUUGAGUCAUAAAUAUAUACCAACUAUAGAACUCUUAUAAGAUAGUUGUUGUCAGCAGGUAUACCAUGUAAAUAUGGAAGUAUUUCUUUGGCUGAUAUGAAAAAUGUUUAUACAAAAUAAAUAUAGUUUAAUUGUU